GUUCACCUCCAAUACAAUGAUAAAUACAAGAAAACAACAUGCAAAUACUAUAUUUAUUAAUAUUAUCUUACCAAGUAUUAUUCUACGUAGCAUUAUGGAUGGAUUUCAAUAACUGUUUUUUAAAAAUACUUAAAGAUGGACUAGAUUGAAAUACAUUUGGUAAUUUAUUGUAUGCAUCAAUCCCUUUGAAAAAUAAAGAAUUCAUGGUACUUCUCCUAUUUGUUCUGCAUGCAAAUUUGUAUGAUUUCUUGUGGCAUAUUUGUGCACUUCUAAAUUUAGACAGACGAAUUCUGAAAAAUAUGAAGGUGAUAAGUUAUUCAGAAGUUCAUAUAUAAAUGUCACAGUUGAGUAAUACAACCGUAAAGAAACUGGUAGCCACCGCUAAGUUUGUAAUAUGAUUCCGAUUUCAGUGAAUCUAUUCACUUUUAGAACAAUUCGCAAAUCGCGAUUUUGAAGUUUUUGUAAUUGAGGUGUUUAAUUUAGAUUAAAUAAGAAAAUAAUAGAAGCACAGUAAUCAAAAUGUGGUUGGAUAAUCGCAUUGUAUUUUUUACUGAGUGGAUAAAUUACCAGAAAUUCUUGCCAAAUAUAGUUUUUUAGAUAUUUUUUACAUAUAUAAUUGAGAUGGUUGCCAAAAAGUUAUAAAUUAUCUAACUGGAAGUCAAGAUAUUUGAUACAUUAUACAAUUUCAAUGUUUUCAUUAUCGAUUUGUAGAUUUACUUCAUUUAAAUCAAGGUUGUUCCAUUUAUAUUUUGUUGUCAUUCCUUUAGUUUUCAUUUUAUUCAGUUUCAAUUCAUUUGCCAUGAGGUACUCAUUUACAUCCUUUAAUGCGACAUUCAUUUUAUCAAUAGCUUCAUCUAAGCGUGUAUCUUAGCAUGCCAAUAAUAUAUCAUCUGCAAAUAAAUUUACAAAAUCAACAUUUAUAAACAAGUUUAUGUCAUUCAAGUAUAAGAUAAAAAGCAGUGGUCCUAAAACGCUACCCUGCGGCACACCUAUAUGUAUAUCCAAUUCCUGUGAAAUAGUAUCUUGACUUUUUGCUUUCUAUGCCAUAACUUCUUAAUUUUAUUAGAAGAAUAUUACGGUCAAUUAUUUCAAAAGCCCUCUUCAAAUCAAGGAAAACAGCUACUACAAAUUUAUUUUCAUCAACUUCCUUUUUGAAUUUAGAUAAAAUGAGUUAUAAUGCGGAUUCACAUGAAUAUUUUUACGAAAUCCAGAUUCAUUAUUAAAUAAAAAUUUCAUUUUUUUCAACAUGAUCAAGUACGUGUUUAAGGAGUUAACAAUUAGACGUAAUUCAGUCAUUGUUAAUAUGUGAAACUCAGAAAAAUUAGGAUAUAGAUUAUAAUUAUUGAAUUUCCAAUCUUCAACAUUAUCUAUACUAUCAACAAUUUGCUGAAUACUAGUAAGGAAGUAGUAGUUAAAUUCAAUUACUAUUUCAGUUUUAUUGUUAACAAUAUACAUCUGGUUUGUUCAGUUGAAUUCUAUACAGUUUGAAAAGUGUUGGCAAGAUGGCCGUUAUCAAUUGUCAAAGUUUGGAAGUCCUUGAUGGAAGACCUUAUAUAUUUAGAUGAAAACUAUUAAUGAUCAUACCAUCUCCACAUAGGUAUCUUGAUUUAUUGAAUCUGAAAUUUCAUUCAGAAUGACUUGGCAAAAAAAAUACCUCCUGCAGCUGCCGAAUUGGAGGAACAUAAAUAUGAGAAAGUGAAGAUGAUAAAGCACCCUCUUCAGAAAGAGGAAUUUGAUGAGUAUUUUUCAGGUUUCAAACAGAGGUUAUUAAUUCAAGUGUGAACCAUAGUGACGCCAAAUAAGCAGUGCUCAAAAAAAAGAAUGGAUAGAAGAAGAAAAACCUUAGGUACAGAAACCAAUUGGAAAAAAGAAAUUAGUUUUAUUUAUGAUACCAAAACUACCAAUGAAAGUGAAAUAUUUGGAAGAAACUUCUUGUAUUUGAAAAUAACCCCCUCUGGAUUUUUUCAAAUGUUUUCUGGUGAUGAAUUAGUAACAAAUACAACUGAGGAGUCUAAUUUGCGCAAUAGGAUCGUAUAUGUACCGCUUAUUCUUUUCGAAGUAGUAGAUUAGAAAAGAGACAUUGAGUCAAAAUCAUUGAAUUUUUUGCUCAGAGAUGAUGAAACCUGGAGAGGGCUAUUAUUGUCCUGUUUCCAAAAUUUAUAAUUGUUCAAUUAUAUAGUACAAAAUGUAGGCACUUGAGGCGAUAUAUUCUCAUAAAUGAGGUUAGAAGUGAUCGCUCUUUGAGGACCUUUGUGUGAAUUUUGAUUCCAAAAUAAGGAACACACAUGAAACAUUUUUAUCAUUUCAAAUAACUGAUCUGGUGCUCAGAUAUCUCAAACAGUGAGAUAAAUUCCUCAAAACUGUUUUAACUUCAAAAUAUUCAAAUUUGAUAACAACAUAUUAUUUGAACUCGACUUGUACUUGAAUUAGAAUACCUAAUUCCUCCCAAACGCUAAUGUAGGUAUCUUAUGAACAUUCAGAAAACUACAACCAUAAAUGAUCAUCAAUAAUAAUACUCCAGUAAUGAUGAAUUAUCAACAAAAAUAGAAAAAUUACUUCAAAUUUAUAUCUUCUGAUCAACAAUUAUAAUAAAAAAAUCCUUGAAAACCAGCGGGUACUGAAUUUUGACAAAUGAAAGGCCCUAUCUGUGAGAAUUUGGAACUAAGGGAAGUUACGAUCCAUUUGUUCACCAGAUAUCACAUGAAGUAGGUUUUUUGGCGGGUUCACAAGAUAAACAUUUUCAGUUUCAUAUUAUGAAGAAAUUGAAGUUUUAUUUGUAAUAUACUUAAUGUACUGAUUGAAGUCGAAAUAUUGGAAAACUGAGACAUAAGCGUGUUCCCUAUUCCAUCCAAUAACUUCUUGAGAGUACUUAAGUCCGUUUACUAGCGUAGAAGAAAUGUCGAAAGCAACUUUGACGCGUUUCGAUUUUCUGGAAAGCCUGAUGAUGAAUGUAUUUAUUUUAUCAUUUAUCAGAAUUCCAGUCUUCUACUUGAGAGAUAUGCAACGAGAAAAGUCAAAACAUCCUAAAAUUGUCAAAUAUUAAAGCAAAACUUCAUGACUGCCAGUUCAGGAAUGGAACUGAUUAAAUGUCAAAGAGAGGGAGACCAUCUAAUAUAGAAAUAAAUAUUGAGCACUUUAUAUAUUCUACCAAACGAAAGUUUUGAAAUUUUAGAGUAGUAGCUUUUUGAGCAGUUCAGUAUUUUUGUACGCUAGUACAGAACACUGAAAAUUGUGGGGUUAUAAUUUCUCACAUUACCAACAUUCACAUCCUUCUAGUUCCGUGGUUUUUUGCACAAUGUUCAUGCCCAUUUGAAAGUUCAAUCAAAAGACUGAAUUAGUCGAAUAUUUAUCGCAUCUACUGUUCAUAAAUAGUACACCGUUACCUUCUUGUGUCUAUAAAUACGGAUGUUUCUACGUUUUUGUGUCCGUGAUACGGUUUUCGCACACCUCUUUGAACCCGUCGAGUAUCUAUAAAUAAUCCCGCUGCAAUGCCUAAGAUUCCUUACAUUCCAUUCACAGUGUUCAUCCAUUGAAUUCGAGUUAAUUCAAGAGAAAACUUUCAUUUUUUCUUUCACUAACACAUUCUAACUUUUCCAUCACUUACUAAUAAUAACCCAAGUACGGUUGAGUAUCUAAUUCUAGUCGUUUCCAGUUUUAAGUGUGACCAAAAUGAAGUUCCUACUCAGUCAGCGAAUGGGUCUACCGUACCACUGGUGGAUACCAGGAAACUUGAUCCGGAGAUUCCAGGAUAUGACCCCUUCGAACAUAGAAAAGUGGACCACCCCACUUCGGAUAUGGAUACACUCAUCCAUCUUCUGAAGGGUAGUCUUGGGAGUGGCAUCCUUGCUAUGCCAUUGGCUUUUUCUCAUGCCGGGCUGUUCUUUGGCCUUUUCUGUACUUUUGCUAUAGGUGCAAUCUGCACCUAUUGUGUACAUAUUCUGGUAAAAAGUUCCCACGAGUUAUGUAGAAGAAUGAAAGUACCAUCUUUAGGUUUUGCUGAAAUCGCAGAAGCAGCUUUUCUUGCCGGCCCGAAAGCAUUCCAUCCUUGGGCGAGAUUUGCCAAGGCCAUGAUAAACAUGUUUCUUGUUAUAGAUCUGCUGGGUUGUUGCUGUGUUUAUAUAGUAUUCGUUUCGAAGAAUCUCAAACAAGUAGUUGACAAUUACGCACCUGAAGAUUACCAUUACGACCUGAGGAUAUAUAUGGCUGCAAUGUUACCUCUAUUGAUACUAACUAAUCUGAUCAGGAACUUGAAAUGGCUCUCGCCACUCUCUAUGAUUGCGAAUUUAUUAGUAGCUGUUGGUUUAGGUGUCACAUAUUACUAUAUUUUUACUGAUUUGCCCGCCCUCGAUACCAGAGCUCCCAUAGCUAGUUUCUCAACCUUGCCAGGAUUUUUCGGCACUGCCAUAUUCGCUUUGGAAGGAAUUGGUGUAGUAAUGCCUUUGGAAAAUAAUAUGAAGACUCCCAACCACUUCAUUGGGUGUCCUGGAGUUUUGAACACAGGAAUGACAUUUGUCGUUCUUCUCUAUGCUAUCACUGGAUUCUUCGGAUACCUCAAAUAUGGAGAUGCAACGCACGUUGGUAGCAUCACGCUGAAUCUUCCCGAAGAACCACUUGCCCAAUCAGUUAAACUCAUGAUCGCAGUAGCCAUCUUCUUCACCUACGCCCUGCAGUUCUAUGUGCCUAUGGAAAUCAUCUGGAAGGCGGUAAAAAAUAACUUUGAGAGAAAAACAUUGGCAGAGUACAGCAUCCGAAUUUCUCUAGUAAUUCUCACUGUUGUUUUGGCUAUACUCAUUCCUAAUCUUGGAGGGUUCAUCUCCUUGGUCGGAGCAGUAUGUCUGUCUAUGUUGGGUCUCAUUUUUCCAUCUAUCAUCGAUUUAGUCACAUUUUAUGAAGACCCAGGUUUGGGCAGGUUCCAAUGGCGGCUAUGGAAAAAUAUGUUCCUUAUAUGCUUCGGUCUUUUAGGUUUCGUUACCGGGACAUAUGUCAGUAUACAAGAAAUCCUACAGGGUUGAAUGAAAUAAUAUAGAUAUCUCAGUGUUUCUAUCGUCUGCUUUGCAGGGAGUCUGAGUAGAAACAUUCACUGCCACAGGGUUUUCCACACCGGCUGGAACCCGGUUAUUCUUUAUUCGACUUGUUCAACACUCAGAAAUAAUUGUGGAUCAGCUGAAAGUACGAUUCAAAAUCAUCGAAAAAUCAGCGAAGGAAUAUUUUAAAAUCAUUUCAACCAGUUGUGAUCCUUCCAGAAUAUUCACUCAAUUUUUGUUGAUCAAGAACUCGACAUUCAUUUCAGAAAAUUGGAUGAGUGUCUAAAAUCAGAUUAAAGAAUAACUGACUUGAAUGAAAAACUUGAAUAUUCAAAUUUCGAUAAGCAUAUUUUUAAGAUCAGUGCAGAUAAGCUAUUGAGGAUUUGUGAGUUCCUGGGCUGGAACAAAAAUUCCUGCUUCUUUGAAAAGAAGUAGAAACAACAUUUAAAAAAACUAAAAACUAAAGGGACAAAGUUAUUUAACUGGUAACAUAAAAUCAACUAAUAAUCAGUGAUCCACUGAUUUACAGUCAAUGAUUUUGCCCUCAUCAUAUACAACCUAAAUAAAAAAACAAUAAACUCGUGAGUAAUGUUCAACUGAUCCAUAUUUCAACAAUUAACAGAUGUAUAUUCACAUAAACUUCAUCUGGCGUAUAUUUUAAUAGUGUUUUACACCUUAGCACGACUCCCUGUCAUUAAAAUGUUACAAAUCAACAGAUAUAUAACAGCCACAAAUGUCUUCCUAUAAAAGAGGACAAUUACAGCCAAAUUACAAAAAAUUCUGACGUUCCGAUUUGUGACAUGCUGGAACUAAAAAUAAAACGUUUAUCUAAACGUUGAAUUAUGACGUUAAGAAACGCUGUACUAAGUUAUUAGAGAGUAGACUGCAGUUUCAACUGUGAUUUUCAGACGAUAACAUUGUCUAAAAUUAUUUAUCAUUUACUUCGUAAGUAUAGUGAGAAACUCAUCAACCGUUUAACUAUUUUUAUUUAUAUGAUUGUGAUUUUUUAAGAUUUAUUUAUUUUAAGCUCAAAUUAUAGUGUCUUCAUGUCAGUGUUCAUUUCUUGAUAACACUUUUUUUCAUAGCCACUAUUGCCUACUUGAGUGUCAUACCUGUAAAUGUCAUGUGAAUCACAAAAAUCUUAGAGAAUAUUUUCUCAACCGAAUUUUGAAAAGUAAUUGUAAUAUUUUUGAUGAUUGAACGAAAUUAGUUGAUUUUGUGAUCAUAAUGAUUAAUUUCAGUAGCAGCAAAUUUUUUCUCAAGAGCAUAAACUUAAUAUCUUAUAACUAAAUAAUUUUUCCAACUCUUGAUGACAAGUUUGUCUGCUUUAGUUGAAUUCAGCGAUCUAUUCUGUUUAUCUGUACCUACAUUCAAGAUAAAACAAAAUCUCGAAGUGAAUAAUAAGAUCUAAACAGAAUAGAUUUAUUCAUUGAUUUUGUAGCGAAAGAGUGAACAAUUUUUCCUAUUUUUUUUAUUUCACCUAUUUUACUUACAAAAUAUGCGUUAUGCGCAAGAAUGCUUGAAAAAUUGUUUCACUGCUUUUGCCAUAAUUAUAUUUAUUUUUCUUGAAAAUAUUUAUUCUAUCAAAAUAUUGCCGAAUCCUUAAAUCACAAAUUUUAUCAGGUAUUCAUUCGAUUAUUGAUGCAUCAAAUAUAAUUUUCAAAGUGAAAGAAAUGAAUCGGUAUUAUUUUGACUCUAAAAUGUACCCUUUAUAUUCCAGUAGAAGUUUUGAACGCUAACAAAAGUGAACACAGUAAGAAAAUCAGUAUUUAUAGUUCCAAAGGAACUUGUGUGACUUGGUGCCUUAUUACCCGAAUCUGGAUUUUUUCUUCCAGAUGACGGAAGUUGAAAACAGGGUUUGGUUGUGAAAGGAGAACAUUUCUUUUUGGAUAUAUUCUCAAAACACACAGAACACAAUAUUUCAUUUUGAUAAUUUUCAUUACUUCAUGCAAAAGUUUUGUUCCUGAGAUUUCUUCUGUUUAAUAUUUAUUUUUUCGGUUGAAAUUUUUCAAAUUCUAUGUUUUCCUAUGAUCUGUGUGUUUACUAACAUCGAAUUGUGGGUGAAGUAAAUAAUAUUUCAAGACAAAUGUGCUGUAAAAUCAACGCAACAUGAUUAUGUAAAAAAAUUUAUCUCAGCUCUGAAAAACUGGCUGGCAUCAUUUUUGUCAUGAGAUAUUAAGAAGUUGGAGGGUGAUGUGGAAUUCAUGUGCCAAGCGUUUUUGAUAAGUAGUUACUUUUACAUUUCCUAGUAUUGUUUAGUCUUUGUGCAUGAAUUUGAUACCUAAUUGGAAUUGAGUCAUUAGUUCCCAAAAAUUUUUGUUUUACCGAUAUUGAAUAAAAGAAAAAAUUAAUAAAAAUCGUUGUUUUCCU